AUGCUCAUGAUGACCGUAUUAAUCGUUGCUGUUUUGUAUUUAACAGUGAGCGUUGAAUAUCGAUGUGGGGAAGCGUUCGUCGUCCCUUGUCCAACCGAAGCAACAGGUCAUGCCGGUACUUUUCGGUUCCGUGCUGUGUCCCAGAUACAAGCGCCCCAGUGCAAUGUGACACUGGAAUUAGACGGAAAUUGCACCAGCAGUAUACUUGGGAAUUUCGCUCUUUAUUUAAACAUAAGAGCAAUCGCUACGAGAUCCCAUCAAGUUUUGAAAAUUUACGAAUUGAUAGGAAAUAAGCAAUUUCUGGGCAAGCAGUUGACUGGACAGUCCAUUUUAACACCGCGCCCAUCCGUCGCGCAGUAUUUAACAAGCUACAAUAAACAACCACGCGUCAAUAUUGUGUACGACAAUUCCGCUGGUUCUCCGUGGCCAUCUGUCGGGUAUCAAAUUAUUUUUGACUACACCGUACUUCACGGAUCCAACCUUUCCGGGAGUACAUACUGUCGGGCAUUAAACGGCUGCAUUCAGACUGCAUGGUACUGCCCAAACAGCACCGAACCUAUAACUUGCCCUAACACUUAUGUGCCGUCAUUAACCGAGAACCCUACGGAUACCAUCCAGUGCGCGACAAAUUUCUCCACCGCGUUCAACCUUCGUUCAGGCGUUGCCUCCUCAGGCACCAUGUACCAGCCAUUCACGUUUCCACCGUACCGUCCCCCGCAUUUUAACCCUGACGGAAGUUCAUCAGUCACCGUUCACAUACCCCAGGGCUUGACGUUGCCACCGUUCCACAAUCCACCUGGCUGGGGCGAUACUCCGCCUGGUUGGGGUGCCACCCCGCCUGGUUGGAGGGACCCGAGGGAGGCUUCGGGACUAUCUGGCGGGGCCGCCGCUGGGAUUAUUGUCGCGGUGUUGGUCGUGGGUUUCUUGAUAUUGUUUACCUGUGUACGGAUUUGCAAUGGUGAAGAUGCCACUCGUCAGACUGCAACGCCGGUACCGGUAACUCUUGCCAUUGUCCGCCGGAGAAUCACAGCCGUGGUGGUACGUCGGGUGGUAGAGGACGAUGAAGGAGAUUCGCAGCCAAUUAUGACGGAUGAUGCAACAACUAGCGCAGCUAACGCAUUCGCUAAUGAUCCUUACGGCCAGUCGCUGCGAUGCUUCGCUCCCCAGACAUCGCAUCAUAUGGGUGCGCCACCGUCGUACGCGGAAGCUGUUCGCCCCAACUCCAUUCCGCACAUUGCGUAACGCGACACCGAACUGAAAACACGGAUAGAUCCUACGCAUAUAAUGUUUGUCGCUAAAAGGUUGAUUUCUGCUGCAUGUGCUGUUUUCAGCCGUAGUUAGCAAUAGAUGAGAAGCUGUUGAUUUUUGUUGUGAUGACAACGGGGCAGAUCCGAAAAAGUUACUGCCGAUCUGUUUUUCUACGCACGUCAAAAAUUUCUGGCAAACGUCAACCAUAAAUUUGGAAGUUGUCUGUCGUAUUCUUUUGCUAGCUUAUUUAUUGACUGAUUUCUCAGACUAUUAGAAAUGUAUG